AGCUCACAUAAUUUUAUUUCCUCUUUGAAGGCUUCUACGGCCCCAAAGGAAAACCAAUUAGGAUUGUUGGGCAUUUCCAGAAUAAACCUAGCUGAUUAUGCGCAGAGACCAGAGGUUGCCCGAAGUCUGUUUGAAUAUCUCUUUUAUGGUCUAAAUGAAACUCAGCUGGCCCUAAAAUUAAUUGGGCUCGUCAUGGGAAAAGGACAUCUAAUCUGCAAACGGCAGGCGCAUGAUAUACAGGAAGACAACAAAAAACGGAAUAUACCUGGUCUAGACUGGUGGUGGUUACUACAAAAGGCAGAAUGCUUUACUCGCCUCGGAAUGCUGAGAGACGCAGAAACAGCGGCCAAAGAUUCUGCAGCACAACAGCCUUCCACAGACGCUUAUAUGCUCCUCGGAGCUCUUGCAGUGCAUAAUAAUCAGCCUAUGGGAGCUAUUCAAAGUUACACUUGUGGCUUAUCCAAGCUUCCAGAAGAUGUCGAUAUUUUAUUCUCUCUUGCAUGCAAAAAGGAGGAAAUGGGUGAAACGGAUGCGGCCCUGCUGCUUUACAAACAGGUGGCAAACUUGGAUAGCACUCACACUGGGGCACUGAGCGCUGUUGCUGCUCACUACUAUCAAGAGGGGCAACCGGAAGUUGCAUUGAACGUUUACAGACGGAUGCUCCUACUUGGAUUUGAAUCGGCUGAGCUUUACAACAACCUGGGACUGUGUGCUUUCUACGCUCAACAGUAUGACACGUGUAUGGGCUAUUUCAACCAAGCCAUCCAAAUGAGUACUUUGAAAUCUGCGGCCGAAAUCUUCUACAAUAUCGCACACAUUGGAAUUAGGUUGGGUGAUCUUAAUCUCAGCUAUCAAUGCCUUCGAAUUUCUCUCGCCUAUGACACCCGCCAUGCAGAAGCCUAUAAUAAUUUGGGCGUCGUUGAACAAUACCGAGGCCAAAUGGAUAUGGCCAAGGUGUUCUACGAAACAUCAUGUAAUUUGGACGAGGAGCUAUUCGAACCACGUCAUAAUAUGGCAUUACUGCACGAUCAGAUGAGUGAAUUUUAUGCCGCAUACACCUACGCUGCACAAGCGCUCCGUUUACUUCCAAACAACGAGAACCUUCUCCAGCUACAGAGCAAAUUGUCGAUUUACUUUCGCACCACUUAAUGUUCAACAAAGUGUGAUGUAAACUAUCCACAUUUAUUUUCAAGCAGCAUUUAAAAAAAUCACCGAAAAUAGUUUCCCGUUUGAUGUUUUUGUGAAUCUGCAUUCUAACUUGUUAACUUUCGAGUUGGUUGUACAGUAAAUCCAACUGCAUAUGGCAUUUCCCCCGGACGUUUGAAAUAUUAUCUGAAAAAUCCAUAAAAACCUGUACCCAAAAGAAAAACUAUGAAUUUU